CGGUGGGGCAGUAUUAGACCAGUCGUUGCGCGAAGACCCUCUUGUAAAACCCCAUUAAGUAGUUUGGAAUUCCAAAAAACCUAACCGUAAGGUGUAAAAUGCUGAGGGCGUGGCUGCAUCGGAGUGGCAGUUAGAUUCUAAAAUCGGUUAUAUAGUUUAGAGCGUUCUCAGUUCGAAUCUGAGUUAUUUACACCUUUCUUUUUCUGUUGGGGUGCUCUAGUUUUGUAAGUGAUAAGAUAAGAGGAGUGCAGUCCGAAGGGGAAAUACGAGCCGCAAUAAUUCAACAGACAUGAGGAUCGGCUGGGUCCUGGUGCUGCUGCAUCUGGGGAUCAUCUCCUCCAGCUGGGCCAUCAAUUGUCCUUGGCCCUGUCGUUGCACCUGGGUGGUGGACAGUUUGUAUGCAGACUGCUCGAGGAGGAGUCUCUGGACCUAUCCCGACUUCGAAGGCAUUCCCGUGGAGCACUUGGAUCUGUCCGGAAAUAAGUUUGCGGAAUUCCCCACCCAAUAUGCGGACAUAGACUCCCUGCUCUACCUGGAUCUCUCCAACAACCACAUCUCAGCCAUUGGGAGCAAGACUCUGAUUGGCUUCACUUCUCUGAGAACUCUGCUGCUGGCCAAUAACUCCAUUGGUUCGUGGGAAGCACUCAGUCCCAAUGAGGCCUUCAAAUUUGCCCCGAACCUGAAGCGUUUGGGUCUCAAUGGCAACAUAUUGGGAGGUUUUGGCAAUGGCGAGAGCUUUGAGCUGCUGAGCAGUCAGUCCCUGACCGAACUGGAUCUGUCUUCCUGUGAGAUUACCACGCUUGGAGGAGACCAGCUGGUGAAUCAGCUGCCCAGCCUCGAACGCCUUAAUCUGGCCAACAACAAGCUGGCCCAAAUCGCAGCCUUGCCCUCGAGAACACUGCGGGCCCUCGACCUGAGUAACUGCAGCAUUCAGGAGUUGUCCGGGAUCUUCCUCGAUGCCAUGCAAAAUCUGGAGGCCCUCAACUUGUCCCGCAAUACGCAACUGCAGUUUGGCAGCCUCUCCAAGGAUCCCGUGCUGAGCUUCAUGUUGCGACGCCUGGAUGUGUCCUUCUGCAACUUGGAUGCCAUAGAACUGAGUGGCUUGCCCCAGCUGACGGAGCUGCGCCUGCGGGGCAAUCUUCUGAUGGUGGUGGACGCCAGUACCUUUGCCAACAACACCAUGCUGGAGGUGCUGGAUCUAUCCGAGAACGUGCUGCGCCUCAUUGGCCAGGAUGCCUUUGCCAGCCUGAAGCGCCUGAAAGUGCUGAGCCUGGCCUUCAAUGAAAUAGCCCGGCUGGACAGGAAUGUGAUACGGAACAACGAUGUGCUGGUCGAGCUCAAUCUCAGUCGAAAUGUGCUGCAAAAGCUGACCAAGUUGGUGUCCAAUUCGGUGCGCACCAUAAACAUGAGCUGGUGCGAAAUCACCUCGAUUGAAAGUACGGCACUGUCCAGUCUCUCGGCCAUUCAGAAAUUGGACUUAUCCAACAAUCUAAUCAGUGAUAUACCCAGCUUUAUGAGGUCGGAAACGUUACAGCAACUGAAUCUGGCCAACUGCAGGCUAACUACUGUACGCAACAACACCUUCAGGGAGUUCCCCGAGCUGGCGGAUCUUCAUCUGAAUGGAAAUCGACUGACGAGUCCCAUUCCUCCGCGUUACUUUGGGGGCAACAAGUUCCUGGAUCAGUUGUGGCUGGGCGACAAUCCCUGGAUUUGUGACUGCCACAGUCCGCUCUUCGUGGAGUUCUACGACUAUUUGACAUCCAAACCAGCCAAGAUAAAGGAUAGAAACCACUUGCGUUGCGCUGCUCCUGCCAUUUUCUAUGGCAAACUUUGGGAGUUUGCCUGCGCGGAUGUGUGGAUUGUCAAUGCCAGGAGCAGUAGUAAUGGCGAGAAGGCCUGGUCGGUUAUAAUGAUUACCCUCCUGGUGCUGGGUGUCCUUGUCUUGUCCUAUGCCUGUCUGCAAAAGUUCCUCAGGAAGCGAAAGCUGCGAAACAGCGAACGGGAGUUCGAGGAGAACGAUGAUGAACUGCGCCGCAUACGUGACCUCAACGAUCGUAUCCUGCUGGAGGACGCCACUCCCAGUCUGCAGCAUGCCCAGGAGAUCAGUCUGCUGCCCUCCUACGAAGAUGCCCUGCGAAUGCCCAAGCUGGUGAGGCCAGUGAAGUCAAUGAUGGACCUCUCGGGACCCCAAAGAGCCCGCAACUCCCGCAAGCUGAGACGAUCGCAAACGCAGGCCGACGGUGAGGGCUCCCAGUCGGAGGCGGAGGCGGAGGACGGACUGCAGCUGGACUCUCGCCAGCGAUUCCGCAGCGUGGAGAUGCUCUCGAAUCGGGACAAGGAAAGAACGGCCCAGUAUGGACCGUAUAGGCGAACCGGUUACAUGGAGUACAAUCAGUCGGGCAGCCGGCGCUUCAGCAUCGAGGACUCCCGCUUCCCGGCGGCCCACUUAAAGACCCAGAAUCUGCAGAGUGCCGAGCAGUUGGGGAACUUCCAGAGCUACGAGAACAGUCCCUAUACGAAGCGCAAGCCGAAAAUCGCCGAGAUACCGCCUUUCAAGAGGGUCAAUAUGAUGGCCGACAGCGUGGAGUUCCUCACCGAUCCGGAGUUCGAGGAGGUGGGCACCAAGGGCGGCAGUCCGUUUGCCAAAAGGAAGCCAAAGCCACCGCUGCCACCGCCCAACCUAAAAGUGAGCGCCCAGGUGUACACGCUGCAGCAGAGUCCGGUGUUGGAACUGGAUCCCGCCAUCGAGGACUACUUCAGCGCGGCCAAGAAGCAGCCCUCGUCGUCCACCAUUGCCAGCGACUUCCAGGAGCUGGACGGGCCGGAACUGAAGUCCCUGCCGGACGACAAUCGAUCGAGUGCGUCUCGAUCGGACGCGGACCAGGAUCUGGAGCGCGGCAAGCGCAAGAAGCGUAAGAACUCGGCCAGUCGGCGGGUGAGCGGCAGUUUUACGGCCGCCAACGCCGCCGAAAGUUCCUCCAGCGACUCCGAACAACACGCCCUGGUGCACAAGCCCAUGCGAGAGACUCUAUUUUAGUAGCACACAGCAGCACACAUAUUUGUUAGUCAUACCCGACCUGUUAGCAUAUCCAUAAGACUAUUUAAACGCACCUCCAAAUAUACCAACAUUUUUUUAAAAUUCUA